AUGGCAGACAGUAUUCGUCGUGCUGGAGCUAGACUGAAGGUUGUAAUGAGCAUGACUCGCCGGUCUCACGGUUUAGAAGCGCGAGCUGGAGACCAAAACCCUCAAAGGAGAAGCUAUCUGCUCGAGCUUCCCACAGAAUUGCUGCUCGAGAUCAUUUCUCACCUACCGGUACUAGAGGAAGCUUGUCUUGCGCUGACAUGCAAGAGGCUGUUUUCGAUAUCCGUGAAGACCCUAAAUUCCAAAUCGCUUCAAUUCAGUCGGGACUUCGCUCCGCUGUUUCACCAUUAUCGCAACGGACACAGCUUUGCCACGACUCGAUGGCAGCUGAUCAAGAUGCUCGAAGAUCCGAGAUGGCGAGCUUGUCCAAAAUGUCUCAAACUCCACCCGCGCAGCGCUUUCCCACCCCGAGAGCUGAGACGCAAGCCUGAGGAUCGAACCUGCAUCCUGGGAAACCUUGCUGGCAUUGUUGACCUGUGCCCGUGUAAGAAGCUGACCUUCCGCGACAAGGUUGAGCUCGUGGAGCUGUUGGAGAUACGCCGAAAGUCAGUGGGGCUUUUGACUUCACAAUUUGGCGGUAUGGAAGAGCGCUUCUGCUGGCAUUCGUGCAGCCACACUUAUGGUUCCACGCAAAUGAAGAUCGAGAUCUAUCCCGAGUUGGACGAUGAAGACCAAUUAAAGAUCAAAACUGAAUACCACUUGACCACUGCCCCGGGACAACUUGGAAAAGAAGAGUUCAUGACCUCCCGCUUUGGAUGUGCGCAUCGCUCAGUCGACCUUUGGCUCUCUGGUGUUUGUCAGACCACAAUAUGCCGGUUAUACGAGAAUCACUGCGCCUCCUGUCAGCGAAUAGCCAUCUGCAACUCCUGCAAUACUUUGUUAAAGUGCCCUCGACAGCAGCAUUGCCGAGUAGACGAAGAAAAAGGCACGGUCAUAUAUUCAUUUUGGACCGAAAGAUGUCUUGGGAGUACGCUGCCCGUUCCAGAUGGGACCUGGGCUGCGCAGAGGAUCCAUCCUGCUGAGGCUUUGGUCGACUUGGACAACUGCAGUUUCACUGGCUUGGAUGAGUGCCAUCCGUGUCCCGGGGCGAUGAGCUACCCACCAUCCCAUAAUGGCCAAUAUUCUCCGCAGUACCUGCAGCAGCAUCACAACCUCCAGCCGCCCCAGCAGACCGUCCAACCCCAGCUCCUGUAUAACAAUGUGAACGCUGUCAACGCUAAUGCCAACGCCUCGGCGUACCAGUAUGGCAAGCCCGCUGCCUACCCCCAGGUCAUGGUACCACCGUACCAGGCUUACGGUCCGGUAUACAAUCCACAACAUCAACCACAGCUCCAUCAUCAACCGCAACCUCCGCCUCCGCCUCCGCCGCAACAGCAACAACCACCGCAACCACCACCGCAAUUCGUGAAUCCCUCGGAUAUCUUCCAACAGCCUCUCCUUCCAUCUCCCUCACCGUCAUCCUUCAGCAAUCAUCGCCCGCCUCUAUAUAACACCCAACCUGCGGUACCUGUUGCUGACAACAACCGCCCCCCGACCCUCACCACAUCCACUCCAGUUGCGCCGGCACCAGUACCAACACCUAUACCAGCACCUACCCCGACAUACAGCCCCGUACCUGUCCCUACCCAGCUGAACAAUCAGCACUCCAAUAAAACUGCGCAGCCCCCCGCCACCCCGAAACCUCCGACACAGGCCAAACCUGUUACAGUAAAUCCCCCGCCGGUUGCUGCGACUCCCCCAGCGCCAUCGCCGAAACCAGUUCAAGUCCUGAUACCAGCCCCGUCGCCUCAGGUGCAGCAGCAGAUUCAGCGUCAGCCGCCUAAGAAGCAAACACAAAAACAGCCAACCCAGCAGCCUGCACAAAAGCCCGCGAAACCGGGUAUAGACUAUCAGGUGCUUUUAUUGGCAAUGGCUGAUGAAUAUCUCAAUGCUGCACACAGUCAUGGGACUACAGUGGCGUUACUGAGGAGGGAAAUGGAGCUCGAGGAGUAUUAUAGGUUGGUUGCAACGGGCCUUGGGUGUUUGGAAGCGGUCCUGAAGAAUUGGAGAUUACAACCGCGCGUGGAAGCUUUGGUACGCCUGAGGUACGCUCGGAUCCUCUUUGAAGAGACCGACAACGACCUGGAGGCCGAGACGGCGUUGAGUAAAGGGAUUGAUUUAUGUGAAAGAAAUCGUAUGCUUGACCUGAAAUACAGCAUGCAGCAUUUGUUGGCGCGGAUGCUGUACAAGACAAAUCCGAAAGCUUCAUUGAAAGCUGUGGAUGGGAUGAUUCAGGACGUUGAAGCAUACCGCCAUUCCGCCUGGGAAUUCGCGUUUCGCUUUCUUCGAGUAUCCCUUUCGUUGUCUUCGCUAGCUCAUCAAGAAUCGACAUCAGCUCUGCAAAACCUCCACAAGAUCUCUAGCAUGGCCAGCCGGAAUGGGGAUAAAGCUGUUUCCGCCAUGUCUGCCAUCGCCGAAGCAUUGUCACACCUUCAGCAAGGAUCAAGUUCUGACUCGAUUGAGCAAGCUCAGCGUGCUAUAGCCACUGCGCGAAGCCAUCAGCUGAACGAUGAACUACGCCAUAUCCCGCAGCUUACAACAUUAGUACAGAUUGUGGAUAUCUGCUGCAGUUUGCUUGAAUACGAUGUCAAUCAAUCUUCACAAAAACUCAAGGUCUUGCAAGACCUGAUGGACGAGCGAUUGAAUGACUCAAAUUGGCGUGCCGAUGGAUCAUUCUCCAUACCACUAAGUGGCAAAUCAGCGGGGCCUUCCUCCAUGGACACAGGAGACAUUCUUCAAGUCCAGAAUGGCACGUUGCUUCUUAGCUUUAGUUGGCUGCCUCAACACGACCUCUAUGCACUUUGUUAUUUUCUCAGCUCGAUUACGCUGGGCUGUAAGAACUCACAUGAUGGACGCAAGGCUGAAAAGUUUCUGCAGGAAGGAGUGCGGAACUUCCAAAAGCCGCAAGAGAUAACGGAAUCGUUGGUCAGUGCCAAUAGGCGCGUGGAAUGGCGCAGGACGCUAUUCUGCAAUCUACUCGCCCACCAAGUAUUUCUGGCCUGUAGCCGGACAGAUUGGGAUCUCGCCAAUAGAACCCUGAAAGAGCUCCAGAAGGAAACCGAAGCGAUGGGUGAUGACCUCCCAGAAUCUAUCCAAUGCCUGAUGGAAUAUGCAGCGGGUACUAUCGCGCAGGCCACGGGUGAUUUACAGGGAGCCCUAGCCGCCUUCCAGUCCCCUAUAUUCUCACUAUCUGGGUUUAGCAAAACCGCCCGUAACGACCCUCAUCGCGAUAUCGCUAUAUUAGCUGCCAUAAAUACCGUGCUCAUCAUCGGUGACCCAUCUCAUCCAUCUCACCCUCACCUUCCGAACGUCUUAUCUGCCCUUGAAUCAUUUUGCCGCUCAAGCCCCAACAAGUACAUUCAGGCGGCUUACUACCUGCUCUGCGCAACCGUACAUACGGAGUCGACGAUUCAGACCAAGCAAAACCUCCAGCAAGCCCUCCAAUCUGCCACGGCAAUCGGAAACAGUCAAAUAACGUGCAUAACGUUGACGUUCAUGAGCUGGAAAUACUUCCGCGGAGUAGUCGGCGAACAGGCAGAGAAGAGCGCUCGAGCCAGUCGCGCAAUGGCAGGAAAGGCCAGUGACCGUCUCUGGGUCAGUGUUACGGAUGAAAUGCUUACAGAAACACUUGAGCGGCAGGGGAAGGGCGAGGAGGCGAAUGGUGUACGAGAAGAAGGGAACCGGGUGAUGAUGAGCCUGCCACCAGCUUUGAGACGACCAGCUUAG